UACUUCUGCUAGUACUCUUUCCAGUAUUGUACAGUUAAAUGGAGAGUACAUAUUUCACGUAAUCACAGAUUUGAUAAAAAAUUGUUUAGUCACAAGCUAUUUAGACAAAAGUCUAUUGCAGAAGAUCAAAAUGACACCAAUAAGAUUUGCAAUUUUAACUGAGAUGUUAAAGUACACGUAAGAGUCAUUUAAUUUUUAUGUACUUGUAAAAGUAAUGAAAAUUAAUAACAAACAUGAAUGAUUCAUGGCAUGCUGUAAGGAAUUGAAAAAUAAAGUAAGUGACAGUUGUGCCAGUGGUGAGAAAAUAGAUGAAAGUGGACCUGGAUUAAAAAUGUUUAUCAGCAGUGCAGAAAAAAUAAUAGGAGAUGUUUCUUACAUGGCUAUUGUGGAAGAUAACGAAGCGUCAAUAAUGGAAUAUUUAAUCCACUGGAGUGAUCAAAGAAAAACUGACGUCAUUCUUACCACUGGUGGCACAGGAUUUUCCAGGAGAGAUGUUACUCCCGAGGCAACCAGGAAAGUUAUCGAUAAAGAAGCUCCUGGAUUGUCUGUAGCGAUGCUCGAGGCGAGUCUAAAAAUCACCCCCUUGGCAAUGCUUUCUCGAGCUGUAUGUGGAAUACGAAAAAGGACCCUAAUUAUUAAUUUACCAGGUUCACAUAAGGCUGCAAUAGAAUGCUUUACUGCAAUCGCGCCUGCCAUUCCGCAUGCCGUAGAUUUGAUCUUGGACAAUAAAGCAAAAGUUAAAGAUACGCAUAAUGUUGUGCAACAUAAUGUUACAUCUUGUUCGCACAAUACUUCUUGUAGAAUUCCAUUUCAGACGAACUUCGAGAAUGUGACAACACGCCUUAGAGAAUCUCCAUUUCCUAUGAUUUCUGUGGAAGAAGCAGUGAGAAUAAUAUGUAUGAGUGUAGAUGAAAAAAGAAUUGUAGAGACUGUGAAUGUGAAAGAUGCUUACGGUAGAAUAUUAUCUGAGGAUGUAUAUUCCAAUUGCGAUCUUCCACCAUUCAGAGCUUCCAUAAAAGACGGAUAUGCAGUGUUAGCGAGCGAUGGAAAGGGCAGAAGAAAGGUGUUGAGUAGUGUGCAAGCAGGGACCGCUCCUCUUCUUCUAGUGUCUAUUGAACGUGGCACUUGCGUACGCGUGAAUACUGGAGCGCCUGUUCCCGAUGAAGCAACAGCGGUUGUACAAGUUGAGGACACAAAGUUAAUAUCAAAAAGCGUUGACAACAUGGAAGAAAUGGAAAUUGAGAUAAUGACUGUACCUCAAGAAGGACAAGAUAUCAGACCUAUUGGUUCCGAUAUAAAAAAAGGAAGCUUAGUAUUAAAUUCAAACACGUGUAUUGGUUCAGCGGAAAUGGGACUUCUGAUGGCUUGCGGCAGGAAGCAUGUUACAGUUACUAAACAUCCAGAUAUAGGUAUAUUGUCAACAGGAGACGAAUUACAGGAAGCUGGAGAGCCUUUGAAACCAGGAAAGGUCUACGACAGCAACAAAAUAACUCUCAUUUCACUAUUAAAAGAGAAUGGCUUUGAUUCUUUGGAUUUCGGAAUUGCAGUUGACAAUGUUGAUCAGAUGAUAAACAAAAUUAAGGAGGCUCUAGAAAAAGUAGAUGUACUUGUGACAACAGGCUCCGUGUCAAUGGGUGACAAAGAUUUGUUGAAGCCAAUUUUAGAGACAUAUUUCAAAGCUACAAUACACUUUGGGCGUGUAAAUAUGAAACCGGGAAAACCAACAACAUUUGCAACGUGCACGUAUUUAGAUAAAAAGAAAUAUUUCCUUUGUUUGCCGGGAAAUCCGGUGUCAGCCACCGUUACUGCACAUUUGUUUCUCUUACCGCUUUUGAACGAGAUGCGCAACGACUCAUCGGAGCCGGUUAUAGUGCAAGCUGCGUUAACGUCGUCAUACAAUUUGGAUUCACGUCCCGAAUAUGCAAGAGUGAUCUUGAAGUGGAAUAACAAAGAAAUGCUUCCAUUGGCUUACAGCACGGGAAAUCAAAUCAGUAGUAAAUUACUCAGUUGCAAAGGUGCUAAUGCGCUUCUAAUGUUACCGGGGCGAACAGAGAAGAAACAGAUGUUGAGUAAAGCCGACAUUGUACCAGCAAUGCUUAUUGGUUUUAAAUAGUUUUCAAUAAGAUAUCACAAGUUCUUCUAGUUAGAAAUAUAUACGCUUAAAAUAUACAUAAGAAAUAUGUAUUCAUAUGAACUUAUUUUCUAAUAAUAUUUCCAGAAAAUUAUUUUUCGAAUAUAUUUUGUAGAUUUUUGCCUCGAAAUACAGUUUGCAUAAAAGUA